UCCGUUAGAUCCGAAAUGGCGUCGGAUUCCAACUCCAUUCUGAAAACCUGAGCUGAAAAAAAACACACAAAAACCUUCCGAGUCGCCGUGCUUAAUAUAAGUGACUUGCUUAUUACAAAGAUGGCCGACGACGAGAGAAACUUCUAAAAAAACAAAACGAAGCUGAUUCUGAACUGAAAUUUAAACACGAGGCAGCGUUUCUUAUCGCCGAACAACGCGUCCCAUUAUCCUUGCAAUUGUCUUUUUUUUUUCACUGUUUACUACUGGACAAGAUAUAUACAAUUGCGAGCCGUUUAAAAACAUUACGUUUUAAAUUUAAAAAAAAACGCGACUCCUUAAAACGAUAGACGACUGAGCUGAACAAAAAAAAAUACUUGUAGAAUUUAAUUAAUAAUAAUAAUAAUAAUAAUAAUAAUGGACCGAACUAGUCGUAGGAGCAGCGAGUCCAGCAGCAGCCCCGCCGCGGCGAGAGGGGUCCCGCCGGCCGCCAACGUGUUUGCAAACGACGGGAGCUUCAUGGAGCUCUUCAAGAAGAAAAUGGAAGCAGAGAAGCGACAGAAGGAGAGAGGCGAGGAGAAGGACGAAGAAGAAGAGGAGGAGGAGGAGGAAAGAGGACAGGCCGUCAAGAGGGCGACGGGUGAAGAGCCGGCACAGCCUCCGCCAAAGACUGGCGGGAGAGUGACGAGCAUUGUGGGCAAGCGGAGAGGAGGCACCAAGCUGGCCCUGAAGACUGGGAUGGUGGCAAAGAAGAAAAAGCUGGAAUCGGAGGUCGAUGCAGAUAAAGGAGACGCGUGGCACAUGUACAUGGCUGAGGUUAAAAAGUACAAAGCACACCAGUGUGGCGACGACGACAAGACCAGGCCGCUAGUGAAGUGAGACGCCCGCCCGCCCGCCCGCCAGACAGGAGCAGCUCUUCCACAUCACAGUGACUCGACCACAACCCACCCCCCCACCGGCUGUGGAGCGGCUUCAUCUGUGCGCUCUUUCUCUCCACCCCCCCAGAAACCAAACUGCUGUCAAAAUAAUACCUGUCAAGAUGCUUUAACCCUGCUCCGGAUCGGGGGGGGCGGGGGGGGCGGGGGGGCGUCUGUGUUUUUUUUUGUUUUUGUUGAGGAUUUUAUCGUCUGCAUAUCGUGGGACUCUUUGGAAGUGCGGGGGCUGUUAUUUCAGUGCUGGGGAGGGGUUACUCAUGAUUGUAGUCUGCAGUGCUGUGGAGUGCAGUUGAACUCUCAGGUUGUGAUGUCAUCGACGCGUGGAGAGAUGUUCGACUCCCCCUCACUUCGUUUUUGGAGACGCGAGGGGUUCAGAUGUACGGCCUUGAGUCUUGGAACCAGGAUGUUUGGAUUUCAAUAUCUCAGCUUCUUAAGAGGCAUGCUUUUUUUUUUUUUGCUUUUUAAAUUAAUUAUUAUUAUUAUUAUUUCUUAACAAAUCUCCCAACUGCUUUAAAAAAAAAAGGAUUUGGAAAAUUGAACACAUUUGCUUCCUAAUCUUAAAAGAAAAAGGUCUAACUGACAAGCAUACUGUUUCGUAGCUGUGAAGUAAAUAUGGUUAAGUGUGCAUGUAGUUAGAAACUCACACUAGCCCUGCUGCUGCUGCUGCUGCACCCAUUAAUAUUGAAAUGAUCAGGAGCCAGGAGUUUGAGCAGGGUUACAAACUCACACUAGCCCUGCUGCUGCUGCUGCACCCAGUCCUGGGGUUCAGAGCUCCCCUCAAUGAAGUCUAGUAUUAUUAUUAAUAUUGAAAUGAUCAAGAGCCAGGAGUUUGAGCAGGGUUACAAACUCACACUAGCCCUGCUGCUGCUGCACCCAGUCCUGGGGUUCAGAGCGCCCCUCUAUUGAGUAUACUAGGGACGCGAUCCUGAGCCAGGCGCUUGUGCAAUCAGAUCCCUGUUUUCAAUAAUGUGUUCCUCCCUUCUAUAGCUGCGUGAACUUCACUGGUGGAAUCAUCCAGCCUCGGGUGAGACCUCUCCAGGCGGUGGAGGCGACAGCAAUCACUUCACAGCGUGUGUACUGCACGGUAACUCCGUCAGUCGCUGUGUGGACAAUCGGCCCUCGUUCUCUCCUGUCUGUGUAAACGUUUACAAUCCACAGCUGUGCUGUCAUGGCAGGGACAGCCUCUGGAACUCCACGGAGAGUUCAUGCAGACUGUUUUUCGGAUUUCGAAAAAUUACAGUGUUUUUUUUUGGUGUAGCGCAGAAACGCCUGCUUGCUUUGUCUCGAAGGUUUCAAAAUCAGUUUUUAGUAUCGUCUUUCCUUUAAUUUGCAGCUGUUUUUAGUUCAGUUUUUUUUCCAUGUUGGUCCGCCCCUAUUAAGAUUCCCCCUGCAUGGUUAAGUUUAUAGUUCCUUUUUUCUUUUAUUCCUUAAUUGUAAUUGUGCCAAAAGCUUCCUUACUGAGGCUCGCAGAAGAGAAAUGCAGUCUUUACACACUCGCGUAUCACGUGUUAGAAAUCCAUAAGCUGUUCCGGGACACGCCUCUGCUGGUUUUCAGAGUGGGAUCGCCUCGAUACAUGUACUGCGUUAAAAUGUCUUUUGAGGGUUUCCCCCGUUUUUUAUAUGUAGCAGAGUCGCUGCUUCACAGCUCCAGCGAAACAUGAAACAAACGAGCUCCUAUUGGAAGCGACUCUGCAGCAGCAGCAGCAGCAGGUGGUGGUGAUGAUGAUGAUGAUGCAGAGUUCACCCCCCUAGUCUGUAUAUAGUUUCAGUUUCACGUACUGUAAGUUGCUUAAUCGUUUUAUUUUUUAUUAACGGUUUCUGUUUCAAAGUGGAUUCAACAGUGUGUUGAAAUGUCUGAUCUUGGGCACGUGUCGCUCCUUGAUCUCCUGGGACCGGUCUGAGCAGAAUAAACAAAUGCUGUUGGUUUGUU